AAAAAUAAAUUUAUUCUGUGUGAAACAAUGUAAAUAAAAAUAUAUAAAAUUGACAUAUUUUAUGACAAAAAUAAAAAAUAGAAAAAAAUUAAUAUUCCAAAAAAAUGUCAUAAAAAAAGCUGAGAAAUAUUUUAUUUAAAAAAAAAUCAAAACCACACAUAAUCAAAAAAUUAAACAUUUUAACAUAACAAUCAACAUAUCAUUAGUGCGAGUUGUAUCAACAAAGAAUUUGCUUUUAGAGAUAAAUAAACAGACACACAAAAAAAAUUAUAAAAUAUCAUUCUCUCGCACUCCACGCUGAGACUGUGAACCUGUGUGUCAGUGGUAGAAGUAGAAGUCUCGUGUGUGCAAAAUAUUUAUAAAAUAAUAAUAAUAAUCAUUUUGAAUAUAUACAAAACACACAAAAAUAGAAGAGUCUCUUGUGAGGUGAAAAAAAUAACGAAAUAAUAAUUUAUUUGAGAAUGAAAACUUUUGGAUUAUUUAUUACGCUGUUUGUGGCCGUACACAACAGUGGCGUCAUUUCCGGACAAUUUAUGAACAGUGGAGCUGUUAAAUGUGGUUCUCACAUUUGUCGCCCGAUCACAGGAAUUUUCACGAAAAAUCCACUUCCGAACGGAUAUGUCAACGUUGCAACAAUUCCCGCUGGAGCGUCGAACAUUUCAAUUACCGAACUGAAAAAUAGCGUUAAUUUUUUGGUUCUCAAGUCAGCGGACAAUCGUUAUAUCAUCAAUGGGGAGUACACGGUGUCAUUAAGUGGACAAUAUGAAGCUGCUGGAUCAACUUUUGAUUAUAGGAGAAUUGAUGGCUUGACGAAUAGUAGCGGAAAAGCUGGAGAACGACAAGUUGAGGGAGUCACGGAAUGGAUUACUUGCAUGGGACCGACAACGGAACCGAUUCAUUUGAUGGUCCUUUCACAAGUCCACAAUCCCGGCAUCAAAUACGAAUAUCUAAUUCCCGUGCAACCAACGACUGUAACAACUUCCGAAGAGGACAUUUCCGGCAACGAAUUAGGCUCAUCCGAAAUCGAAGGCAACAAAAAUGUCAAAUCUGGCGAUUCGUCGACAUCUCGUCCCGUUGCGGUUCCCAAACGUCGUCGAUUCCUGUGGAAAGUCGUCGGUUUCAGUCAAUGCAGCAAAUCUUGCGGCGGCGGCACUCAAACGCCCAUCAUAAAAUGUGUUCGCGAAUCCCCCCAACGCAUUUUCAAUCCCAAGCGAUGUGCCCACUUGAAGCAACCAGUUCUCAACGAAAGUCAAAUGCGUUGCAACAGUCAACCAUGCCCGGCUUAUUGGAAGUUAUCGGAAUGGACGGAAUGUCGAUGCGGCGAAUACAACGAGGAAGAGUACAAAAGUCGCGAAGUAAAGUGCGUGCAAGAAUUGAUGUCGGGCAUCGUGAUUCAAGUGAAGCAUGGAGCGUGUAUCGACGACGAGCCACCGACGAGAGAAAAAUGCGUUUGCGAGGGAAAAUCCAGCGGAAAGAGAACGAGACCGACAAUCAUCAAUCGAGCGCAUAACGAUGGCACGGGACGCGGCAAGAAUAGAAAAGUGCAAGAAGCACGGAAACAUGGAUCGUGGAUCACGGCACCGUGGAGUAGUCAGUGCUCGUCAGUGUGCGGAAUGGGAGUUCAAUAUCGGUCAAUUUUCUGCGAGAGAAAUUCCGCACCGAAUUCCGAGAGAUGUGACUUGCGAUUGACGCCUGACACAACAAGGGAGUGCUCGAGCAACGAAAAAUGCGCUUUCGGGGAAUGGUUUACGGGACCAUGGAGUCGGUGUUCUGGAGACUGUUUCAACUUGACAAAAGGACGUUCGAUUGUUUGCAUCAAAGACGACGGCUUUGCUCCCGACGAAGAUUGCAACAUGGAAGAAAAACCAAAAGCUGAAGAAAUUUGUCAGAUGCACGAAGUCGAUUAUUGUCGCCCAAGAUGGCAUUAUUCCGAAUGGAGUGAGUGUUCGAAGAAGUGUGGCGGCGGAACUCAACGUCGCAUCGUGAAAUGCUUGGAACCAAACAUCUCCGAAGGCCAAAUGAAAGAAGCGAACAACUGCAAAUACUCCGAACGUGAAUUAGCUUACAAGGCGUGCAAUGAACACGAUUGUCGUGAAGCAACUUCAACGACAACAACUGAAUUUUAUGAUCCCCGUGUCGACAUGAUACAAAAUGACUCGAAUUGCGUUGACGACUUCCCGAAUUGCCAUUUAGUGGUGAAGGCGAAAUUGUGUGACUACAAGUACUAUUUGGACCAUUGUUGUUCCAGUUGUCGCUUGAAAGCCGAUGAGUUGUAUUAAUUUAUGAAAUUUAAUUAAUUUAAUUUUCGAAUAAUUUUUUUUUACGAUUUCUAAGUAGUUUCUCUGUAUUUGAGUUUUAAGCAAAAAAAAAAAUAUUUAUCAUUUACUUAAUUUAAAAAAAAAACGAAAUUUUCGACCAACAUUUUUGAGAACCCCAAAAAGUGGUUUAAACAUAUCUCUAAUAUUUUAAUAUUCUUAAAAAUUAUUUUGAAAAUUUAUUGUGAGACAAAAGAAACAAAAAUCAAAUUUUAUUACAAUAAAAAAUCGU